AUGAAGCACAGUGCAAAGACGGCAAACCAACCAAGGAAAGCUCUGAGUCUGGAGCUGGAAUACAGUACAAUGUUCAAGGUAGGGCUGAUUGAUGGUGGGAAAACGGGAACAUGGGGGAUCACUGUGGACAGUCCACACACAUGCAGAACGAUCCAAGCUAAAGUUUCUCUUAGUACCUCUCUUCUUUCAAGGAAAGGAAACUACUGGACCUUAGAUCCCAACUGUGAGAAGAUGUUUGACAAUGGGAACUUCCGUCGCAAACGCAAGCGGCGCUCUGAGCCCAACGCCCCAGCGACCGCAUCUGCGGCCUCCUCUCUGGGGGGCCUGAAGGCUGAGGAAGAGCGACCCAUCCCAGCUGCCGGCAAACCGUGUGGAAACAGCCCACCCCCAGAGCUGGACCCCUCGCCUUCUGCCAGGGACCAUCCGAAAAGCUCCUCUCCCUCCGGGAUCAUUUCAUCCACCCCCAGCUGCCUCAGCACCUUCUUCAGCGGCAUGAGCUCCCUGAGCAGCGGAGGCAGCCGGCUGCCAGGGAGUCUGGGCAGUGACCUGCAUCACAGGAACUUCUCUGCUGGACAGCUGAGCAGUGGCACUUUCACCCCUUCCAGCAGCUCUUCUCAGGAGGUGGCUUCGCCAGACCAGCUGCAGCGGGUUGCGGGACCUUCCCCUGCCUACUACAGCUCCUUCCAUCCCAGCAGCAGCAGCCAGGGAGCCCAGUACAACCACUACUACAACUUCACGGUUAACAGCCUCAUCUACACCCGGGAUGGAACGGAGGUGUAG